AUGGCCGACAAGUACAACCUCAAGAACCCAGCCGUCAAGCGGAUCCUCCAGGAGGUCAAGGAGAUGCAUUCCAACCCCUCCGACGAUUUCAUGAGCCUCCCUCUCGAGGAAAAUAUAUUUGAGUGGCAAUUUGCGAUUAGAGGGCCUCGUGAUACUGAAUUUGAGGGUGGUAUUUAUCAUGGACGGAUCCAGCUGCCUUCAGAGUAUCCAUUCAAACCCCCUUCGUUUAUGUUGUUGACACCUAAUGGUCGUUUCGAGACUCAAACCAAGAUUUGCUUGAGCAUUUCAAAUCAUCACCCUGAGCAUUGGCAACCAUCAUGGAGCGUGAGGACUGCUCUAGUGGCACUGAUUGCAUUCAUGCCAACCAACCCAAAUGGUGCAUUGGGAUCUUUAGACUACAAGAAAGAAGAGAGGCGUACCCUAGCCGUUAAAUCUCGUGAAGCUCCUCCUAAAUUCGGCACUCCUGAACGUCAAAAGCUGAUCGAUGAGAUACACGAGUACAUGCUAUGCAAGGCACCCCCAGUUCCUCAACCAGGCGCCAUAGAAGCUUCCGAAGAGCACCCCAGAAAUGAGGAGGCUGAGGCCUUGGUUGAUUCACCUAAUCCUGAGUCUUUACCAGCUGGAGAGAGGAUUCCGGAUCAAGAAGGUGAUGAAAUUGUUGAAGAACAACAAGAAGUCCCUGCAGAUGCUAACCUUGCUGGAGUAGAAGUUUCGAGGGAGAUUCCAUCAAAUGCUUCAAAGAAUGUGUUACCCCAAAAGUCAGAUACACCUGCAAGGGUUCACAAUCCCAAGCCAGAGACAAGGGUCCAGAAACCUGAUGAUCGGUUGUUCACAUUGGCCGCUAUCGGACUCACUAUCGCUAUUGUGGUCCUUUUGCUCAAAAAGUUCAUUAAAUCUACCGAACAUGGGGCACUUUUCUCCGAUGGAUCUUGA